AUGGUCCGAAUUCAAAGACAUUUCUCUGAUCUCAGAUCUCAAAUCUGUCUAUGGCAAAACGUAGUACAUAAGACAAAAAUAGCGACUAAUUUUGAAAUCAUGAGGAACGACUAUAAUGAAUUCGGACCUGUAUAUGCAAUGUGAAGAUAAAUUACGCAAUUUAUAUCUUCUUUCUCAUAGUUUAAUAAAAGUGUAACAGUCUGUCAUGUUAACAGAAGCCAACUCUGCAGAACAUAGAAUAAAUUGAUCUUUACAGUAAGUCGGAGGGGAUAGAAUAAAACGCUUGAAGAAACGUGGAAAACAGUUGUAGAAGAACAGCAUGAUACCGAGAUCUCGGCUAUUGUUUAAUGUUCAGAAUAGAUUCCGAUUGGAAUUAUUCCGUUCUUCUUAGAAAACACAAUAGAAAUUUAGAGAAUAAUUGACUAAUUCUGAUCAGAAUUUAUUCCGAAGAGUCUCAUAAUACGUACCGCUGAGGAAAGAGAUCACAAAUCCCUGUUGUCAUUCAAGUCUCCGAUCUCAAAAUGACAUCAAAGUGAAUCAUGAUUGAUCGAAAAGUAACUUUAAUAAUCAUUUUGCAGUCACUUUGACAUUAAUUUUUACGUCGUGAUACCUGUGUUGUACUUGGGACCGAUGCGAUUCGUCCGUUUUCCGGGUGCCGCCUUGAUUGCCAUGAUUCGAGAGUCAUUUGUUUCGAAGGGGAAGAAGAACGAGACAAGACACGGACGGGACGGGAAACGUUCGAAACGCGCCGUUCGAUCAACCGUUCCCAACGACGACGUACGCGAUGAUGUACGAGGACUGCGUGCUGCAGUCGAUGCGGUUCCCGCAGAAGCUCUGGCAGAUAGUGAACGAGUGCAAGACCGGGGCGAUCCGGUGGAGCGUGAGCGGUGACACCAUACUGGUCGACUAUAAGAAGUUCCAGACGGAGUAUCUGGACGCGCACCGGCCCAUCUUCAAGACGAGCAACAUCACGAGCUUCAUCAGGCAGCUGAACCUCUAUGGUUUUCGCAAGAUCACGUGCCACGGCCGUGACCCGGCCUGCAAUUCCUGCAAUCCGCACGUACACGAGUUCCUGCACGAUAAUUUCCGCGUCGAUCGGGUGGACCUGCUGUCCAAGGUGUGCCGAAAGGCCAGCGGAAAAGUUCGGUGCUCGCAGCACGAGACUGCGAAAAACGCAGAGGAGAGUCCGCGAUCGGAGACGAAUCACAUGUCUCGUUUGAAACAGUGUCAGCUGGCUCUGACUAAAGCUUUGGAGGAAAUUAGUCAAGAAUAUCGACGAAAACGCGAUCAAGAAAAAACACCAAUUAUAAAAAAGGAAAAUACUCCAAAACGAAUAAGAAACUCUCAGGGAGACACAGUUCCUGUUUUGUACGAGAUUGAAUUCAGCAGUGUUCCAAAUCGGAAACCUGCUAUAGAACAGAGUGUAGAAUAUUUGAUGUUUCUUCCUUUGAAAGACCAAUGCAGCGUCUGAACACAAAUCAUCAAUUUGAUGCAUUGCUACAAGGGAUGAUCGUACACUUUAACAUUGAAAAUAUUAAUUGAAAUUAGUGUAGAAUCUGUUGAUUUUUAUUUUCUCUUGGGCAGUAUUUAUAUUACAAUGUAAAGUUACUGUGAUAUGUUUGUUAAAUUAUAAAUUAUAUUAAAUUUAAACCUCUGUCCAUAUAUUAGUUUUUGGCUUGAGCCAUUUGCAUUAGAAUUAUAAUUUUCAUUAUUUAUACAAGCAUAACAAAAUUUUUUAUUGACUUUAAUAUAUUUAACAUGUAACUUUAAUUUCUGGAAAGUAUUUGUAUAGUUAUUAAUUGUAAAAAAUUGUAUUGAAAUGUUUUAACUAAUUAUAGACAAAAUCAGAGAAAUACACGUUUUUAUAUAAAAAUUUAUAAUUUUGAAAUGAAAAUGACUAAAGGCAAAAUAUUUUCGUACCUUAAAGUUAACAUUUUAAAAUACAAAAAAAAAUUCAAAUGUUGACUGCUUAAAAAAUUGUGUUAUUCAGUAACUUGAAAUUGAAUAUAUUGUAUUUACAUGUUAAAUAAUGAAUUUUAUUACUUAGUAUUACAAAACUUAAUAUUAUAAGAAAAUUUUUUAAUAUUAUAACAUUUAAUGUGCAAAUGCGAUGUUUCUCAUAUGUU